CCGUAUUUGAGAGGAAUAUGUUCAUAUAAGGUCAUAGCACCGAUCUGAGGGCGACUCCUGGUCGAGGUAUAACAAUCUUCUUUCCUUCUGACAUCGUUCACUGACUCGUCCGUCUGAAGAGAACUCAACAGUAACGUCCGACGACUUCUCCAACAAAGGAGAUGGCCGCCCGGAGCCGGAUCACGGUUCUGCUGCUGAUCUUCCUCCUGUCGACUGAACACAGUUUUGCUGUGAACCUGAACGAACUUGCACCGCUGGUAAACAAACUAUUGAGCGAGUACCGCUUUAAUGGUAUGUUCAGUCUGGCCGUGAGUAUCCCGCUGAACCAGGACCAGAACAAGAACCAGAACCAGAACCAGGGCGCUAACCAGAUCAUUCAGGAAGUCCUCAAAAGUGACCAUGCUGACAACGUGAAGAACAAGAUCAACAAGGGUGAAGUGUACAUUGGCAGCAGGGUGGUUGCAGCUGAGGUUCGGAGACUGGAAAAAGGUGCUGAUCAUGCAGAGUCACGCGUUGUGGACAACUUGGACCAAUUGGUCAACAGUCCUCAAGUCAAUAAUAACGAUUUGUUGCUUUUCUAUGUUUAUGCCUCCCCAUGUGUUGAAAAAUGUACGAGUUAUGGACACACAGAAAACAUCCUUGAGAAGAUAAACCGCAUUCGGCAUUGGAAAAGUUACGCAGUUGUGUUUUCUAAAAUAUUCAAGCCCAAAAAAGGUCAGGAGAACACGAAGGAAGAGCGUAUUGAUGCCCUUGAGCGACUCGCAUGGUACCAGGUUGCAGGAGGUCAUAUUGGUCUAGAAAACAUCUUCCGCUGUGACAGAAAAAAAACUAAACAAAACCAAAAACAAACAAUGCAGUGCAUCAGCUGUUCAAGUAACGGUAAGGUUGCACACAAAUGUGUGUCAGAUGAUCCUCCCUCUGCUACCAGCCAAAGUGAGGCCUCUGCCUCCACAAAAAUGUGUCCUCAGCCAGGUAGAGGUGGCUCCUCCUCAGAGAGAGGUGCUCAGGAUGAAUCUGAGUGGCGCAGCGUUAACAGACGAGGGGGCCGAGUAAGAAGGGACAUCAGUUGUAGCGUAGAGGACGUAUCUUCCCCACAAAUCGGCUUUGAUUCUGGAGAUGGAAAUGGAAAAGUGAGCAGAGGUAAAGGAAAAGUGAGCAAGGGCAAAGGAAGUAAAGGGAGAAGAGGGAAAGGAAGGAAAGGAAAAGGGAGAAGAGGGAAAGGAGGGAAAGGAAAAGGGAGAAGAGGGAAAGGAGGGAAAGGAAAAGGGAUAAGAGGGAAAGGAGGGAAAGGAAAAGGGAGCAGGCGAGGGGGGAGAAGCAGAAGACGGGGUUUGGACCAGGAGCGAAUUUUUGUCACCGAUUUUUGAGAAGCAAACAAAUUAACCUUUUCUGAACGACAGGACUGAGUCUGAGUUUAACGCAAUUAGCUUUGCUGACAUGAUCACAUGAUAAUGCAACGUUAAGCGUGUUAGCUGUGCAGCUAACCAAUGAGGCUUUGAGCUUUGAAGGAAUUAAAUGUAUUACUUUAGAAUUGUAUUACGGUUCUUUGAUUGUCUGUUAAUAGAUAAACGUUGAUAAUAUUAAAAGAUAAAUGUAUAAAGAUAAACGACAUGACAGCCACCAAAAGUGAAACCAAUGCGCCUUGAUCGCCCCCUGGAGGCUGGCUGCUAUAUAGGUCAUUAACUCCUCCUCCUUCACCAUGUUAGCAGAUACAAAAAUGAUGAACAUUAAAUAAAUGUCUCUUAAAGAUUUCA